AUGCCUUUAAAUUACUCCUCAAUCUCUCAUAUCGACACUUUAAGAUCACCCCUUCAACCCCCAACUUUUGGAAACCAAAUCACUAUUCUUAGCAUCGAUGGAGGUGGAAUAAGAGGAAUAAUACCAGGAACUAUCCUUGCGUUUUUAGAGUCCGAGCUUCAGAAGCUGGAUGGUGCAGUCUUGCAGACGCAAGACUUGCAGACUAGCUACUUUGAUGUGAUUUCAGGCACCAGCACUGGUGGCCUCGUGACUGCUAUGCUAGCUGCCCCUAAUGAGCAAAACCGCCCCUUAUUUGCCGCCAAAGACAUUAAUGACUUCUACCUUGAGAACUGCCCUAAAAUCUUUCACCAGGACGGGUCUCCAUUGGCUUCUGCUGGAAAACUGAUCAAGAGUUUGAAAGGACCAAAAUACGAUGGCAAAUUUCUGCAUAGCAUUGUCAAGGAAAAAUUGGGAGAUAAACGCCUGCACCAGACCAUGACAAACAUUGUGAUCCCAACUUUUGACAUCAAGCGCCUUCAGCCAACAAUCUUUUCAAGCUAUCAGGGAAGUAAGCAAAAUGAAGCAAGGAAGUCGACGGCAUCAUUAAGAAGUAAACCUUAUUAG